AUGUCUAAUACAGAACAUUCAAGAGUCACGUCAUUUUUAGUUAUUUGUUUUAAUAUUCACAAUGGUGGUGGUGUUCCAACACUUAACUGCCCAAUAAUAAUUUCAGUUAAUACACUUUAUCCUAGUCCUGUUGUAAGCCUACUGGAAAGAAGAAGGAAAAUUUUCCUUGACCUCACAAUAGCUCCAAAUAUUUCUUAUGUUCCAAGACCUGCUGUUUCCUAUCUGGAUCCUCCUCCAAGCGACUCAAAU